AUGUUUCGUAAUCUUGGUCAAAUUGCGACAAAUGUUUGUCGUAACCAUCGUAUUACUUUUCAAGCAGUUCGAGCUCUUGCAUCGUCACCAUUAAAAAUGCCUUCUCUUUCGCCAACGAUGAGCGAAGGAACCAUUGUUAGAUGGCUCAAGAAAGAAGGCGAAGAAUUUAAUCCUGGUGAUGCUUUAUGUGAGAUUCAAACAGACAAAACAACAUUAACACUUGAUACUGAAGAAGAGGGCAUUCUCGCUAAAAUCUUAAUGCCGGAAAAUUCCACUGAUAUUAAAGUAGGAAAAUUAAUUGGAAUUAUAGUUGAAAAAGGUGAUGAUUGGAAAAAUGUUGAAAUACCAAAAAUUGAAGAGACAACUUCGGAUAGAAAGGGUACCGAAUCGAAAGUCGUAGAAACAAAAGAAAAACCUAAAGUUGAUCAGCAACCAGUCGCUCAAUCUCAUCAUGCUAUUGGCCCAGCCGCACGUACUCUUCUAGAACAAUACGGUAUUGACGCAUCUGCAGUAUCAGGAACUGGACCGCAUGGGGUUCUUAUGAAGAGUGAUGUUCAAAAUUUUAUUGAUACUAAUCAACUGAAAAUUAAGCCGCACACUGUGGUGGAGGAGAAAAAACCAACGAAACAGACAAAAUUAGAAGCACCACAGAAACAAACUAUGGAAUCUGGAGGACGUCGAUUUCAUGACAUAGAAAUUUCUUCUGUUCGCCGAUCAAUUGCUAAACGUUUAACAUAUUCAAAAACGAAUAUACCUCAUCAAUACAUAAGUAUAACAUCCAAUGUUGAUCAAAUACUCAAAUUACGUAAACAAAUGAUAAGUGAUCCUAAAGCAACGGCUAAAGUAUCUGUUAAUGACUUUAUCGUCAAAGCUGUAGCUUAUGCACUGAGACAAGUACCACAAAUGAAUGGUAUCUACGAAGAUAAAACAGGUCUUAAACUUCAAUCAACAGUUGAUGUAAGUGUGGCUGUAGCAACUGAAAAUGGACUUAUAACACCCAUUGUAUUUAAUGCUGAUCGUUUAUCAGUACAAGACAUCAAUGGACAAGUUAAACAAUUAGCUACUAAAGCUAAAGAAGGAAAAUUAAAACUCAAUGAAUUUCAAGGUGGCUCAUUUACAAUAUCAAAUUUAGGCAUGUUUGGUAUUCGUUCAUUUUCUGCUGUUAUCAAUCCACCACAAAUUGGCAUAUUGGCUGUUGGUCAAAACCUACUCAAAUAUAGUGGUGAAGACUUUAAAACUGAAAAUCAAUUGACUGUUACAUUAUCCUAUGAUUCGCGUGCAUGUGAUCCUCAAUCAAGUGCAUUAUUCCUUCAAGCAUUUCGAUCAUACAUGGAGAAUCCCAAUAUGCUCGUAUCUAAUAAUAAAUCAGAAUCAAUUCUCAACUAUUAA